AUGGCUCCGGCUGCGAAGCGCCGCAGGCGAAACCCCAUUGAGCAUUCGAGCUCCGAAGGCGAACAGCCCCGAACGAACACGCUUGCCAACUUCCUCGUCUCCUCCCCGAGUUCUGCGUCGAAGAAUGGCGUGUCGACGGCGAGAAUUCGCACCAAGACGCCAUCGGCCGGCCCGUCCCCGAGCAAGUCCCGUCGGCCAUCGACCCAAGUGACUCGCGCGAGCCCGAGUCCCCAGAAAGGUCGAGCCGGCGGGAAGCCGGACGAGUCGGGGAAGACGGCCGACCUCAAGGUCCUCUUCUCGAAGCAGGUCCAGCGCGCCGCUGUAUCUGGGAUAAGCAACGACAAGAAGGCGGCGGCGCCCAUCGAUGACAUUGUCAGCGACCCCCUGUCGGAGGAGGAUGAGAUAUCGGAGCUCAACGCCAGCUCCUCCAGCCUCGUUGGCCAGCAUGCACGGAAACGUCUACGGACCGGGGCCGGCACGGUGGUGUCCGAGGCCCCGAAUGCUAGCCAGCGCUUCCUGAGACCGCCAAGGCCUCCCGGUGCCAAUGCUAAUGCUAAUGCUCUCGACGACGACCUGCGUCCUUGGUCGGACCGCUUUGGCCCCCGAAACCUCGACGAGCUCGUUGUGCACAAGAAAAAGGUGUCGGACGUUCGAAGGUGGUUGGAGGAUGUCCUCUCCGGCCGCUUGCCCCAGCGAGUGCUCGUCCUCAAGGGGGCCGCCGGCUCGGGCAAGACGACGACGGUCCGACUGCUCGCCCAGGACAUGGGUUGCGAGCUCCUCGAAUGGAAGAACCCCACCGGCACCUCGGAAAUGGGCUUCGUCUCGACCUCGGCGCAGUUUGACGACUUUCUCGGACGGGGCGGCAAGUUUGGGACCCUGAGCUUGGAAUCGGACAUGGCCUCGGUGCCGGCGAGGGCCACGCCCGUCAGCCAAAGCCACGGCAAGCAAAUCAUGCUCAUCGAAGAGUUUCCAAACACCUUCUCUAGGUCCUCAUCGACGCUCAACUCCUUCCGGAGCUCCAUCCUGCAGUAUCUCGCAGCCCACAUGCCACCCCCCUCCGUUCUCGGACGGCAUACGCAGCAGGAGCCGAUAAAGCCGGUGGUGCUCGUCGUGUCCGAGACCUUGCUGACGACGACGUCGGCGGCCGCGGACAGCUUGACUGCCCAUCGACUCUUCGGACCGGACAUCCUCCGCCACCCCGGUGUAGGGGUCAUUGAAUUCAACGCCGUCGCCCCGUCGCUCCUCGCCAAGGCUCUCGAGCUCAUCGUGCAGAAGGAGGCCCGGAAGUCUGGCCGCAGGAGAACGCCGGGGCCGAUGGUGCUGAAGCAGCUCGGCGAAAUCGGCGACGUCCGAAGCGCCAUCUCGUCACUCGAAUUUCUCUGCCUCAAAGGCGACCAGAAUGCCGAUUGGGGAGCCAAGGUGACUUUUACGAAGCCGAAGAAGGGUGCCAGGGAUGGCAUCGGCUUGACCAAAGGCGAGACGCGGAGCUUGGAGCUGAUAUCGCAACGCGAAGCCAGCCUGGGCAUAUUCCAUGCCGUCGGCAAGGUCGUGUACAACAAGCGGCACGACGAUGCGCCCGACGGGGAUGCCGUCGAGAAGCUGCCCCCCUUCCUCUCGCGAUUCGCUCGACCUCGGAGGUCGCAGGUGUCUGUUGACACGCUCAUCGACGAAACGGGGACCGACACGCCGACGUUCAUAUCCGCGCUUCACGAGAAUUACAUACUAUCGUGCGAGAGCACCGGUCCGAUGGACCUCUCGACGCCCAUGGACUACGUCAACGAGUGCAUCGAACAUCUCUCCCUCAGCGAUCUGCUCCACUCCUCUCGGGACGUUUUUUUCGGCGGCAGGACCAACUUUUCCGGCCGUGAAUCCGGAAGCCAGCUCCUCCGACAGGACGAGAUGACCUUUCACCUGGCCAUUCGCGGCAUGCUCUUCUCCCUUCCGAACCCGGUCAAGCGGAAGACGACGACGAAGGCGAAGGGGACCGACGCAUUCCGCAUGUUUUACCCCACGAGCUUGAAGCUGUGGAGAGCAAAGGAGGAGAUCGAGGGCCUCCUCGACGUCUGGUCGACCAGGGUGCUGAAGGGAGAGGGGCACGCGGACAGGAAGAGGCUCACCGACGGCGCGGGCGCGUUUCGGAAGCCUUUGCAGUCCUCGGCCGGUCUGUCGUGGGUGCAACGCCAGCAGCAGGGCAGAACGCCGGCGACGGCGGAUGGGCCCGAGGACGAGAGCGAGGACGCGUCCCCGUUGGCGUCGCUCGGCAGCUCCGCGCGUGGCGAGAUGCUUCUCGACCGACUCCCCUACAUGGCUCACAUUGCUCGCGCCCGGAAGUCGUCGACCCGUCUCCGCGACCUUGAGAAGGUUGUCUCCUUUAAAGGCAUCAACGCGACCGAGGAAGAGUCGGAUGCGGACGAUGAGACGCCAUCGGGAGAGGCGUGGGCGACGGAUAAGCCGUCGGAAGAGGCAAGCCCGCGCAAGAAGCGAACGGGCAUCAAGGCCGGUGCCAUGUCUGGAUUGCUGGCCCAGAAGUUGGUGCUGAGCGACGAUGAUAUUGAGGAUUCAUGA